UUGUCUCUCGCAGGUAUUCAAUGGUUAUACCGGAUGAAUGUUGGGUCCAUAACCAACCGGGAAAGUGUUAUGUGGCGAAAAUUAAUAUUUUAUUCAUUAAAAAUCGCGUGUUAAUUGAAAAAAUAAUUAUCAAAGUGAAUUUAGUUGUUUAAUUAUUUAUGAAUUUUGUGAAUGUAUUGCCAUGUUGUUGCUACUGUUUGUCGAUAAUGGCCAGUGUAAAAAUGUGACCGUCACCGAAACACGUGUAUAAAAAUAACGCUUUUAUUUGGAGACAAGUGUAGUUUGACAUGUCAUUAACAAAGUGCAUAAUUGGACAUGUACAAUAAUUACUUUUCAAGUGGUACAUCAUUUUUCAUGUUGGAUUAUUGUUAUAUCUAAUAACCUCUUGGUGUUUAGUCUUCUCAGUCAUGCAACAAUAUGUGUGGGUGCUACGUGAGCGACACACAUUGUAGGACAGUUAAUCACAAUUUUUGUCUUACUAUCGUUACAUAAGGUAUAUAUUGUGUUUAUUUGACAAUCUAGGAGUGAUUUUUAUUGAAAAGGAGUUCUUACUUGAGAUUUAAUGUGAGUUUCAUGUGUAUAAUAUUCAUUGAUACAUAUCUGUACCAUUGUACAGUCAGCAUGCUUGUUAACCUCCAGAGAACUAAUUAAUAAUUCUUUUUGAGAUUUAAAGAAUUGUCGAAAAAAAAACUUGAAGAUGGAGACUGAUUAUUUAAAUAUGCGUGAUGAGCAGCAACGCUAUCCAUCAUUAUCGAUUAUGGAGCAGUUCGAGCUGUUUUUACAGAACGAUUAUGUUAUGCCAAAUCCACUUCCAACUCCAUUAUGUGAAGAAGGCUCUUUGCUCAAAGUCGUAGAAAGCGAUUUUGAUUACAUGGAAAACCAAUUGGACACAAGUGGUUUAUCCUGGGGAUCCGAACAGGAACUCAAUGGUGAUAUGGCUGUAUUACCAGUUUCUGGAGUUGCCUCCGUCUAUCCAAAAAUGGAAUGUUUAAGCGAAGAUUUCGCUAAAGUUCUCAAUGAUUGGCAAGAGCAUUUGGGCUUUUUAGAGACAUGCGAAUUUGAGGAACGAAUGAAUUUGUUGGACAUUGAUCGUCCAUCGUCAAGAUAUCCCGUUCUUCCCGAGAACAUAUUUGAUGACGAUUUUCAUCCUCCAUCAAAAUCGGAAAAAAAAAUUCUUGAUGAUGAUAGUUUAAAGGCGUCUUUAGAUUUAGUCAACGAUUUAGAAGCAAGUGGCAGUAGUGCACUUGACUGUUCCAUUGACGAAACUAAAGAAGAAACUAAAGAGACUGUCGAAGUUAAGAAAAAGAUUCGAAAAAAUGUAAAUAAUCAGAAGAUCAAGAAAGAAGUAAAGAAGGAAAUUCAUUGUGACGACGAUUUAGAUGAAGAAAACUGGUUUCUGAAUGAUAUGGAUCUAAUUGAAACUUCGUCAGUUUUAGAAGCCGGAGACGUCACCGAUCUUCUUGAACAGUUCGAAGCUUCGGAAAAACCACCGGAAACUUCGACAAAGAAUGAUGAGACUAAAGAACCGUUGCAGGAGGAAACGAAGAAAAAGAAGAAAAGAGAAAUUUCAAGUACUAAAGAAGAAGAUGUUGAAAUUCCCCCCACGAAGAAACGAAAAUCCGAAAAGAAAACUAAAAUUAUCGAGCCUGUUCCAAAGAAACCCGUGAAAAUUCAAGAAAACCCUCAACGUGAUGUUAAGAAAACAUUGCCCAAAGAAGUCAUCGAUAGGAUACAGGCUUCAAAUCGCAAGAAACCUAUAUCAGUCAUACCAGCACUGCCAGAGAAGAAAGUUGGCGUUCGUUGCAAAGGAACAAAAAUGCAGGAUGCUGCACCCACUCGGAAUAAACAAUUGAAAAUACAAACGACAAACAAAAAUAGCAGUCCGGAAGGAUCAGUUCAGUUGGAUCACGAUUAUUGCAGUAAUGGAAACGCAAUAAAUUCAAAGAGCAAAACUUCCGGCAAACAAAAAGUGAAGAAGAUUUCGAAAAAAAUUACAAAACUUGAACCACAAAAACAAGUUUCAAACGAUAAGGUAACUAGCGUUUUAGCUGUCGAUACGAUUUUGAAGAAACCAAACAAUUGCUUGGAAUCCACAAAACAAAAUAAUGUACGUGAGGAAAAGAUUAAUGCUCCCUCUGAUUCAAAAGAAUCAGAGAAAAUCAAGAAAAAGCAAUUUUCCCUGAAGAAAGUCGAAAUUGCUCAAAUUGUUGACAACAAACAAUCGCCAUUCAAGGAAAACAACAAAACCUUCAAGGAAACUACCACAAUUGCCACAGUGAAAAAAUCUUUCCCGGAAAUGAAAGUUCGACCCACAGUAGCAACCAGUAUAUUACAAACUCGAAAGGGAGUCAUCACCAAAACAAAACCAAUCGACGGACCCCAAAAGAUGAUCUCCGUACUCAAGAAACCACCCCAACCAUCACAAACUCUCAUUUGCAAUAAACCAAAUGAAAGUAUUGUCACCACAACAAACAGUUUAAAUAACGAAGUACAAAACAUUAUCGUUCAAACGCAACCAAUCGAAGCGCAGGAGAACGAUAAAAAAUUACCACCACCGCGUAAAAAAUUAAAUCUCGCCGAAUAUAGAAGUAGACGCGAACAAAAUCGCAGCGACAAUAGUCGUACAAAUUCGCCAAUUCAACCAAUGACUCUCGUCUAUAUUUAUCACGCAUCAACCACAACGCAUCCAAUUCAAACCGAUCACGACAAUGUCAUUUGGUCCGAGCGCGAAAUUGUUUCAAUUCUAAAGCCAAAAUCGGAAAUUGAAGAAAUUAAAGUCGAAGCAAAACCAUCGGUACGUGACGCUUCAAUUCAAACAAACGAAACUGUCUUCAAUCAAACGCCAAGAUCAAAUUUCGAAGCAGCAUCAAUUAAUUCAAAGAAAGCCGAGAAUUACGUCAAACGAUCAAUUGAUAAUAGAUCCGAUAAACGUUCAAUCGUUAAUCGUUCAGUCGAUAAUAAACGAUCGCAAACUGAAAAUAAAAAUGAUAAUCGUCGACAAAUUGACGUUAAAACAGCGAAUGAUAAUAAGCGAAAAAUAGAAAUUAAAAUUGAAAGUAAGCAAAAUAUUGAUGGUAAAUCCCAAAUGGAAAGUAAGCGACAAGAAAAAUUGGAAAACAAGGGACAAAUUGAUGAGAAAUUGGUUGAAAAUAAAUCACCGGAGAGUAGAGGUGAUAAUAAACAGUUGGAUAAAAAAACAAUGGAUAAUAAACAAUUAGAUAAAAAACUAUUGGAUAAUAAACAAUUGGAGAAAAAACUAAUGGAUAAUAAACAAUUGGAGAAAAAACUAAUGGAUAAUAAACAAUUGGAGAAGAAACUAUUGGAUAACAAACAAUUGGAUAAUAAACACUCGGAUAACAAACAAUCGGAUAAUAAACAAUCGGAUAAGCAAUUCGAUUAUAAACAAUUGGCUAAUAAACAAUUGGAUAAUAAAUCAUCACCGGAGAGUAAGCGAAUAAUGGAUCAAAAUUCGAGUCAAAAACUUGAGAAUAAAUCAGUUCCUGAUAGAAGUAAAUCUCGGGAUAAAUCUACAGAACGAAGUAAAUCCAUCGAAAGAACAAAUAAUGCCAAAAAAAUCAGUUCUGUCACUAAUGGAAAGAGUGAAUCGAGUGGUGCGAAGGACAUAGACGAAAGGAUCAGACCAACUGGGAAAAGAGUGAGAAAUUACAGGAGAAGAGGAUCGUCAGAGUCAAGUCGCUCAUUAUCAAGAAGCCGAAGUCGAAGUAGAAGUCGAAUUAGGAGCCGAAAUAGAAAUCGCAAUCGUAGCCGAAGCAAGAGUAGAUCUUGUCGACGAACGCCGGAACGUCGUCGACGAAUAAGUCAUCGUCGCAGUUCAGUUAGUUCCAGUAGCAGUUGGUCAUCACGAUCAUAUACAAAAUCAUCGUCUAGUUUUAGAACAAGAUCAUCGCGAUCACGUUCACGUUCGCCGAGAUUCUCCCGAUCAAGAUCGAUAUCAAGGUCAAGGUCACGAUCCCGAUCGAAAUCGAGACUGAGAUCCAGAUCGAGAUCGAGAUCAUCGUCACGAUUCUCCAGUUGCUCCAGGUUGUCGUCUCGCUCUAUUUUCACAAGGAGUAGAUGGUCAGGUCGACGAAGAUGGGAAAACCGCGAGCGGAAGCAAAGUUAUGAUAGGAACAGGCGUCGCUCCUCUGGGAGUAGUAACGACAACAGAAAUUUGAGGAGAUCAACUUCUCGUUCGUAUAAAAGACCAUACGACGGUUGGUACGAUAGAGAAAAGCAGAGACAAGUCGAGGAGCGAAGAGUGAUUUACGUUGGAAGACUUGAGGAGGGAAUAACGAAAGCUGACCUGAGGAGAAGAUUCGAAACUUUUGGUCCUGUUGUUGAUAUCAGUGUUCAUUUUCGAGAGCAUGGUGAUAAUUACGGUUUCGUUACAUUCGCUUAUAAAAGCGACGCUUACAAAGCUGUUGAACGCGGUAAUGAAAAUCCUUCCUUACCACGAUACGAUUUAUGUUUUGGUGGACGUCGAGCUUUCUGCAAAGUGAAAUAUGCUGAUCUCGACGGAGCACCGGGUAAUUCCUAUGGUGGUAGGAAUAUGAUAAAGUCGUCGUCGUCAGGCGGAGACGAUCACACAUUCGAUCUGCUGCUAAAAGAAGCUCAAGCAAAACUUCGUAAACGAAAGGUUUGACACACGUACUGUAUAAUAGUUAUAAAUAUAAUUUAACAAUUAGUAUUGUUGCCAUGAUGAUUGAUGAAGAAA